AUGAAUUUAGCUAAACAACCUAGAAAGGAAUUGAUUGUAAAUGAAAUUUUAGUCAUGAAGGAUUCACAGCACAAAAACAUUGUGAAUUUUUUGGAAGCAUAUUUGAGAGGAUCAUCCGAAUUGUGGGUGGUUAUGGAGUAUAUGGAAGGAGGAUCAUUGACUGAUGUGAUUGAUAGAAAUGAUAGGUUGAGUGAACCUCAAAUAGCAGCAAUUUGUUUGGAGACGACUAAAGGGUUGGGAUUUUUACACAAAAAACAUAUUAUUCAUAGAGAUAUCAAGUCGGAUAACGUGUUAUUGGACUCUAAAGGAAACGUUAAGAUAACCGAUUUUGGGUACUGUGCCAAAUUGACACAGCAAAGAAACAAGCGAGCUACAAUGGUUGGUACACCGUAUUGGAUGGCGCCCGAAGUUGUUAAACAAAAGGAAUAUGAUGAGAAAAUUGAUAUUUGGUCAUUGGGUAUUAUGACAAUUGAGAUGAUUGAAGGAGAGCCACCAUAUUUAACUGAGGAGCCACUAAGAGCGUUAUUUUUGAUAGCUACUCAUGGAACACCUAAAUUGAAAAAUCCAGGAGAAUUGAGUGAUAGUAUUAUGAAAUUUUUGUCGAUAUGUUUAUGUGUGGAAGUGCCAUAUAGGGCUACAGCAGACGAUUUAAUAAAACAUGAAUUUUUGAAGAAGACAAGAAGCCGAAGAACAAAGGCUUCGAGAAGAGAGAAUGAUUGA